AUGGAGGACCCAAAUGAUGCUGCCAUUGGUGCUAUUGACGUCGACCUUGAUACCCAGGAGAUACUUCUAGCCGCAUCGCAGCAUAAUAUCGCGAAACUGCGCGAGUUGAUACGCCGCAACGAAAAAGAAGAGAACCCCGCCAACGCGAAAGAUCCAGAGACGGGAUAUACCCCUCUACAUGCGGCUAUAGCAGCAUGCGAGCCAGAAACUGACAAUGUAGCGAAUGGCGAUAUUGCUGAACGUACGACACAGGAGCAGGAGACCCUUGAGGGAGGGGUGAAGACUGUCAAAUUCUUACUGCAAGAGGGAGCUAUAUGGAAUGACUUGGAUGCGAAUGAUGAGACACCCGGAUGUAUGGCAAGGAGAUUGGGACUUACGGAACUGUAUCAGUUAAUGGUUGAUGCUGGUGUGCGUGCCGAGCUGCUCUUGAACAGGCUUGAGGGGUAUGAGCCGCUGGAGGACGAAGACGAAGAGGAUGGCGAAAAAGCUGAUAUCACGACGGAGAAAGCUUCUGCGACAGACAAAGUAGAAGAUGAAGCUCCAACUCGAAGUGUAGAAACUUCUACUGGCGAAGGAGAACCAAGCAAUGCCGAGGACCCGAGUGUCGGCAACGAGCAUUAUCUGAGCUCUGGUCUGACCUUUCAGGAGAACCGACUACUGGAUGGAGACAAGAACGGAGUGAUGAUGGCCUGGGAAAUGGAUAUAAUGGAUAAAUCAGCCAGGGCACUGCUACCAACCCCGGGCCUGAGAGUAUUAAACAUUGGCCAUGGAAUGGGCAUUGUGGACGGGAUCCUUCAAAACCUGAAACCCAGUGCUCACCACAUUGUCGAAGCGCACCCAGCUGUUAUUGCAGAUAUGAAGAGUAAGGGAUGGCAUGAAAAGACAGGAGUCACGAUACACGAAAGCAAAUGGCAAGAUAUCCUACCCAAACUUGCCACAGAAGGGGUGAUGUUCGACGCUAUCUACUACGACACUUUCGCAGAGUCGUAUUCGGACUUUCGUGACUUUGCGUCAGAGCAUGUAAUAGCUCUGCUCGAACCUGAGGGACGAUGGAGUUUUUUCAACGGUAUGGGAGCUGAUAGACAGAUCAGCUAUGAUGUUUACCAAAAAGUUGUAGAGAUGGAUAUGAUGGAGGCCGGAUUUGACGUCGACUGGACGAAGGUUCCUGUCCCUCCAUUAGAUGGAGAGUGGGAGGGCGUCAGGAGAAAGUACUGGGUCGUUGAUAACUACAGGUUGCCCGUAUGUAGAUACUUGGAUUAA